CUCAGCAUGUCCUCUAGAGAGAACAAACGCCGCAGCAUCUUCGCCGCCAUCUCCGGCCUCCAGGUCAGCAGCGGUAGCAGCAGCACCAGCAAAGAUGAUUCCGAACCCGCCAAUCUACUGCGAAAGCGCCGGGCAACCUCGCUGAUGACCACCCUCUCCACCGCCUCGAGUCUCGCCGACGAAGACCCCUCCACUCCCGACUUCCUUGCCAAAGACUCGCUGUCCCCCGUAGCUACGAACCCCGUCACGAGAAGCCUUGGGUCACACAGCAGUAGAGCGAGCUACCGCAGAAGCUCGACAUUUGGCUCCCUCAAACUUCGCAUCCCCGACGAAGACGGAGAACCUCUCUCCGCUACACCCACUCGUUCCCGACCCAUCUCCGGACAGUGGUAUCAGAGCGAUGCAGGCCAGGUUCUCCAUCAUGGCGAAGUCCAGACCAGCAGCUCCAUGUUUCGCAAGAAGAAGGAAUACAUGGUCCUCACAGAGACACAUUUGAUACGGUUCAAAAGCCACCAAAAAGCCGCAGAGAAAUUUCCCACCAUCCCACCACCGUACAAUCGCAACUCUUCGUACCGCCAUAGUCAGAACUUUUCCACUACUUCGUCGCAGGAACUCCAGUCUCUCACUUCCGAUCACUCGGGAGACCGCGAAUUGGGAACUCCUCUCCGGCAGAUUGUGGCUGCGUACCAAUUAGCUGACGGAAGGCCACACUUUGAUUUUGAAAUUUUCUAUCUUGACGAUGAGACCAAUCAAGCUUCCUCCAUGACUCUUCAAUUCAGCGAUCCAGAUGAUAUGUCUCUCUGGCUGAAAGGAAUCCGAGAAGCUUCCAAUCGUCUUCGGCUGGCUGAUCCAAACCCUUUAUCUGCUUACAACUCUCACCUAGCGGCUCGCGUAGUCGAGGCAGAGCGCGACUAUGUACCGCCUCACUAUGCCAUUUACAAGGUUGUUCAGCGCCCACUUAGCAAAGCCGCAUCCAGGUCUUCGUCGGACGACUUGUCUAAAAGUCUCUCCACAAUUUGUUUUCUUGCGAUUGGUGUCCACAAGGUUCAUCUGAUCCCCCUCUUCAAACCCCCGUCCCAACGAUCAUCCACACCAUCACUCCUCUCGAACAACACGCAAUCCUCCCAUGGUAUCCUCAGUUUAACGGAUUUGUACGUAAGCGAGGCUGAUGAUAGUUUGGAAUUGACCUUCCGCGUGCCACUUCAGCGCCCCAAAACACUGUAUCUAGCCUCACUUGCGUCGCAUGAUAUCGCCGUUCGCUUACGGCACGUGGAAGAGAGCUUGAGGCCUGAAUGGGAAUCUCGUCCUUAUAAUUUCAUGGUGCCUGACAGCGUGUUACUCGACAUUAUGCGGCAGUCCAGUCCCAAUCCAAUAGAUGGCGACUCUCUAGAUCGUACUCUGAUCGGCUACUGCGUAGCAUACGAUGUGAAGCCUGAGAAUAUUCGAUAUCAAGUCACUUACCCUGCCGAGGACUCCCCUCGAUUCGAGCUAUUACGGCCCGCUGGACUGAAGAGAAAUCAGUACACUGUACUCGAGCUUCUGGCAGUCAUGCGUGCACUGCGAUACAAUGAAAGUUUUGGCACAAUAUCCUUCAAAGGCAUUCAUCUGGAUGUAUUGAAUGGUCUUUUUGAUCCGAAUGGAUUUGAUCAUCUCUGCACCAAAACAAAACGGGGUACAUACCUUUCUGAAGAUGCAGAUGAUCUUCAACGGGCUUGUUUACUUGUUCAGGAGAUUCGUGCACUAGCGGUUACAAGUCGCAAAGUUCGACGCCUAGACUUUUCCUCGUGCAUUACGAGAAAACCAAAGGAUCCCAUGGACUCAUCUGGGAAAGGCAGAGAUAUGGGGUGUGCUAUUGUCGAGGCGCUUUUUCCCCUUUGCAAAUACCAGACCACAAAUGUGGACUGGAUUGCUUUGAACAAUAUACUGCUCGGAGAAACAGACCUGGACUAUCUAGUAGCUGCAGCUGUUGAAAGAUCUUGCCAUCUUCGGGCACUUGAACUCAGUGGUUGUGGACUUACCGAUCGUACUUUGUCGCUCAUUCUCGACUCGCUUCGACCACAAGAAAACACGUUGGAGGCCAUUGAUCUAUCGUCGAAUCCUUUUCGUCUAUCGCCUUCCAUAUUCGAUUCUCAGAUUGGCGUUUUUGGAUAUCUCACCAAACUUAACCUAUCCAAUGUGGCUCGAACAUCUGGGCCUGAACCCCUGAUAUCCGUUGAGACUUUCCAGGCAUGGCGACUCCAGGAACUGAUACUCAGUGGAACUUCCUUGAAUUCCGCAAUGGUUGAUUCAGUAGCUGGCUAUCUGGUGAAUUACAAGCAAUCAGCAGCUCUACGUGAAUUGCGGAUGGAUCAUUGCUAUCUGACAGGAAAGGACAUUGCCUUGUUACUUCAUUCUAUGACCGAAAUUCCAGGAAAGGCUCGGGAGCUUCAUUUCGAUGUCAGCGAGAACAACAUUGAAAGUCAUCUCAACGAACUCGCCAGUGCGAUUCGGAACGGGGUUGCACCGUCAGGUAUGGCAAUCAGGCUGAUUGAGUUCGAAGAAGAGGCGGAUUUCCGCACCUUAAUUGAUGCAUUGGCUCACAACAACACAAUUCGUCAUCUUGAUCUCUCGCGGGCCUCUUUGCCAUCUGAUGCCUCUGAGGAAACCUGUCAGGCUCUGGAAUAUAUGUUUGCACAUAACACAACUCUGGAGUGGUUGGAUAUUUCCGGUGAAGACUCCCGGCUCGAGACGACAAAGCUAGGAGUGGGGAUCAACAAGGCAUUGCGCGGUCUUCAAGUGAAUCGUACUUUACGAGUGCUUCUUGUUAAAUGUCAAAAGCUAGGAUUGCAAGGUGCGAGUACACUGGCUGAUGUCCUCAAAUCCAACACAACACUUCAGCAGCUUCAUUGUGAGAGUAAUGGAAUCCCUCUCCAAGGAUUUACUGAUCUCAUCAACGCAUUGCAUCGCAACACCACUCUAUUGUAUCUUCCCAGCAUGCAAGAAAGCAGAAAUGCGGCACUCAAAGCUACCGAAGACCAAGUGAAACAAAUCCGAGACGAAACGCCACACACCACGCAAACAAGAAGCACAUCUGUACGCAGCAAACUUUCCAGCAAAGUAUACGGGAGGCCUUUGAGCAAAUCGGUAUCUUUUGGACUAUCAGACCAAGACAUCAAGGCUGCGCUUGGUUUGGUAGAUGAAAGCUGGGAACGACAAGAGUAUCGCCUCCAACAGUACCUGCAGAGAAACUACGAUCUCGCAAAUAAUGUACCUACGGCAUUAGAAGUCGAUGACGAAGAAUUCGAGCGACCUGAGACGGCUACUCUUAGCCUCGGUAAACUUGUGGAGAAGGUCAAGCUGGACUCAACACCUACAGGAGAGAAAGAGGUUGAGCUUGGCGAUUGCGCUAUUCAGGAAGAGACCCUGGACAGAACGACAUCUCUGGACAAGGAUAUGGAUAUGUCUUUUGCUCAAGAUUACGUUGCCUGGACACGACCACGGCUACCCAGCUGA